AUGAUUAUACACUCCAGACAUCAUCGAGAUUUUUCGUCCACUUUGACGAACAUAAGAACCACAAGCCAUCCAGAUUAUCACCAAGAUGACUCGAGUUCACCAUCAUCUUUGGUGUUACACGAGGAUAUUAUUAAUCAUAAGUCGUGCCUAGAAAAAUAUUGCGGAGCUGGAAGAGAAUGCCAAAUUUCGCCGGAUGGAGGAGUCACUCUCUGCGUGUGUGCAACGAGAUGUGCAAGGCGUCACAAACCCGUUUGCGGUAGCGAUGGAAAAAUCUAUGCCAACCAUUGUGAAUUACAUAGGGCGGCUUGUAACAAGGGUGUUCCAUUAACUGCCAGCAGGCUCAUGCGAUGUCUUCAUCGGGACGAGCAUCACGAAACACCAAAAGCUCUUCCCUUUGGAAAUGCAACUCCACCGCCAUCGAAGAGUUUAGAUAAUAAUAUCGAAAACGACGAUAGCAAAAACGACAUCAAAGAAAAUGUAGUCGAGACCGACAGGUACGAUUCGAAAGACUGUUCUGCUCAGGAAUAUGAAAUUAUGAAGGACAAUUUGCUGUUGUAUAAUCACGCGAGGCUCAUGGCUCAGGAUAAUCAUAGCAAAGAGUAUCUGGUGAGCAUCAUGUUCUCCCACUACGAUCAAAAUAACAACGGCAAUUUGGAGCGGGAAGAACUUGAGCAGAUUGCAGAACGUGAAGAUUUAGAGCAACUGAGUAAAGGAUGCUCUCUUGGUCACAUGAUCAGCUACGACGACGCAGAUAAAGACGGACGAUUAAAUAUUAAUGAAUUCUACAUGGCUUUUAGCAAACUUUACAGUGUCUCGGUAGUUUCUUUAGACAAAUCUCUGGAAGUGAAUCAUAUAUCGGCGAGAGUUGGAGAUAACGUGGAGAUAAAAUGCGACGUCACUGGAACGCCCCCGCCCCCCUUAGUCUGGAGACGCAAUGAAGCGGAUCUGGAAGCCCUUUCAGUCCAAGAGGUUCGCGUUUUUAACGACGGAAGCUUGUACCUGACAAGGGUACAGUUAAUUGAUGCCGGCAAUUAUACAUGUCACGCUCUCAGAAAUAAAGAUGUUGUUCAAACUCAUGUUCUUACAGUUCACACCAUUCCAGAAGUGCGAGUAACGCCAAGACUCCAGUCAAAGAGGCCGGGCGAAGAGGCGACAAUGAGGUGUCACGUGGUUGGAGAACCACUUCCUCGAGUCGAGUGGCUGAAGAACGACGAGCCUCUUCACGAUGAACCAGAUAAGUUUGAGGUAAUUGGAAAUGGCACGAAAUUGCUCAUCAAGAACAUUGGUUAUGCCGACACUGGCGCCUAUAUGUGUCAAGCGACGAGCAUCGGUGGUCUCACCAGGGACAUUAGCAGUCUCGUCGUUCAGGAACAACCGACACCCUCUGCGACGAACGAGGAGAGAAGAUUUUUCUCAUUUCACGAACAAGGAAUUUCCAUCUACGAACCUUCAGCCUGUCGACUUUAUCAUCAAAUUCGAUCGACUGAUAUUAUACCAGGAACUCAGGAAUAUUUAUGUGGAGGAAAAGAUGUACCUUGCACCUGGGGACGUGCUAUUAAUGUUGCAAAUCGUUACGUUUAUGUUUCUCAACCGGACAAGGAUCGAAUUCUUGUUAUUAGUAAAAUUCAAAUGGUCGUUGUUGACGUAGUUGUCACGGACAAAUUUCCAGUUGAAUUACAGUAUGUACCAUCUUUGGAUCAAGUUUGGGUGCUGAAUUGGCGUAGCGAGAGGGACAUUGGAAUAAAAACAGUUCAAGUAAUCAGGGAUGCAGCUCAGAAAAGGAAACACCAUACGGUGCAUCCAGAACCCAUUGAUGGUCAAUUUGAUCUCGUCCGGGGUCUUUAUAUCCCAGAACGUCAGGACAUUGGCUACAUGUGCAAAUAUGGAUACGUGACACAUACAAAUCAACGUGGAAUGUACAAAUUGGAUUUAGCGAACAUGAGAUAUACACGAAGUGCAGAUCUUGCUCCUUAUAAUUGCGUUCCAGCACAUAUCCAAUUUUCAGCUCUCUAUGGUUUUGUGAUACUGCAAUGCGAGGAGCCAGUUACUGGCAGACCAACCGGUCAAUUACUCCUCGACUAUCUCACCGAUACCGUUCUCGCUCACAAACCCGAUUUAAUCGGAAAACCAAUGGUUUCGCCUGACUCGCGACAUCUCGUCACUUUGGAUCGUCAAGAAAGUGGAGUCGUUCUCGUCGUUCAGGAAAUUCAAACAACUGGUUUGAAGUUUGCCUUUGAUGUGAAAACAACCCUCAACAUCAGUGAUAUCACAUUUUACCCAUCGCAAACAACACACGGCUAUGAUCUCUACGCCUCAUCCGCUGAUAAAGAGGAUAUUCUAUUUCUCAAUUUGGUUACAGGCAAAGUGGAAAUGAUUACGGGCGUUGGAAAAGCAAUGUCACCAAAUCUCGCCAAAUGGGGAAAUCCAAAUAGACCGAUCGUUCAAAGUGGAAUUUUCGGUCGAUACAUGGUCAGUCCAUCGAAUGAAGCUCUCUUUGUUCUUAAUGGAGAAACUCGAACAGUAAAUUGUGAGAUUGGAGGAUUGACACGUCCCGCAAUGGUUGUAUGGUUCACCGUCUCACUUCAUUAAAAAAAAAAAAACAAUGAAAAAAAAAUAUUAAAGAACUGUAAUAUCAUCGCAAGUACCAAAAAAAAAAUUACUGAUGGAAUUUUUCCUUUUACGAAAAUUCGAAUUGUGUGACAAAAUUAAUCGAAUUUAGUCUCAUUUUAUCUAAUUAGUAUUUUUCUAAUUCUUAUUUUAUAAGGAAUGAAUUUUUUUUCAAUUUAGAAAUAUAUUUUUUUUUUUGUCGAAUUUCAAAUUGUAAAAGUUCCGAUAAAACUGCGGUGCAUUGACUUCUUUGGGGGGGAAAUUUGAAACUUUAAGGAAACUCGCAAUUUCUCUGAAGAUAUUUGACUUCUUGUUCUUUUAAAGCCGCGGAGAAGAAAAUCCAUCUUUAUAAGAAAUUCAGACAGGAGCUUCUUUAGGGAAAUAAAUUGGCGAAGAAACUUGAAGUAUUUCCCCUUGGAGGAUUUUCAAAUAUGAAUUUUCGCACAAUUCGAAUUUUUAUGCGUUUCUUGGCGGAAAUUCGUAUUAUAGAUCAAUGAUCAAUUGAAUUCGAAAAUUUUUCUCAAAUCUCGAUUAAAAACUUUUUUAUUUCUUUUUUAAAUAAGAAAUUUUUUUUUAUUUUUUUUUUAUUAUUUCGUAAAUUCCCAGAACGAUAAUGAAGAAUCGAGAGGAAACUAUUUUUUUUUACAAGUGUGAAAUCGAUUUUUCAAAGUGUUAAAAAAGAGAAUUUUUUUUUUAAAGAAAUGUCAAAAAUCAUAAUAAAACAAUGUGUUGGCAAAACAGAGAAAAGAGUUCGCGGUGAAAAAGAUUCUUGACUUUGUUCAUUCCUCGAGUGUCCAAGCAGUACGGCAGAAACAAAAAAAAAAAAAAAAAAAACUUUUUGCGUUUGCUUUCGGGUUAGCUCGAGGGAAUUUUCUUUCUUGAUUUUCUCUGUAUUUUCCACAGAGUGUUUGAUUGUGUGACAAGAACAAACUUUUAAAAGUGCUGUGAAUUUUUUUCUUCUCUUAUUACACUUUUUUUUUGUAUACAAAAAAAAUUAAGAAGCAAAUUUAUUAUUGUAAAUAUUUUCUUUUUUCCCAACAAAAAUUGUUAUCAAAGUGAAAGAAUUUUUAUUACAUUUUAAAUGUAAUUAAAAUUUUUAAAACAAAAAUUAUUAAAUUUUAUAUAAUUGAAAUUUUUUUUUUUAAUCUUACGAUUUGAGAAAAAAAAUCAGUUUUUUGAAAGUAAAUUAACUAAAAAAUGACUGUCAAUGAAAAAUAAAAAAGAAAGUAGAAAAAUAAAUGAAUAAAAUUUUGCUUUCGAGACUUGUCGAUGAAUCGAGUUCUUGCUUUUUUUGUCGGCGCGACGAAGAAGAGAAAAGAAUAAAAUAAAGAACACGCAGAUUGAAAGAAAAUUCAAUACAAACUAUUUUCAAUGCAAAAGAAAAAAACGCAAAGUCGUACCCUUUGUGGACUUGUGGCGUUUGCUAUGGGAAUUUUUGAGAGUCGAGGUCAAGUUAAAAUUUACAAGUUCGAUAUUUCAUCAUAAUAUAAAAUAUUUUUCGCAAUUUUGAUUUUAUAUUUUUCAUUUUUUUUUCAAAAAAUAAAAUUUAUCAACAUAUUUUGUUUGAAAAUUGAUUUACAUAUAUUUACAAAUUUUUAAAAUUUCUCCAUUAAAUGAAAAUCGAUAAUACCAAAUCUGAAAUAUUGCUAAUUGGACUUUAUAAUUGGAAUUCGAAUUUUAAUUUGACUUGUCAUUUCUUUUAAUUAAAUUGUAUACUCGACUUCAAUGUAUAUGAAGAAAAAUAAUUAUCUUUCAAUUGAAUUGAUGAAAUUCGUUUUGUAAACUAAAAAUAUUUUUCGCCUAUAAAAAUUUGGAUAUUAUCUGUUAAUUGAAUAUUUGAUAAAGUAAAUUAAAGUAAUUAGAUAUGAAUAAAAUUUAAAUGUAAAAAAAAUAAAUCAAUUUUUUUUUUAAAUGAAAAUUCUAUUUAAAAAAAAUAUAGAAAUCAAUAAAAUAAAAAAAUUUUUUUUAAUUUUUGCUAGUUGAAAUAGUGAAUUGAUCGACCGAAAGGGGGGAUAAUUUUCUCUUUAUCUCGACUCUUAAUUCGUGGAUUCACUUUUAAGAAACCCACACACGCACUCAUCCUUGAAAUAUCAUUUUCGUACUUACUCUUAAGACACCGUACACAAUAACUAGUAAUAAAUAUGACAUUAUUAUGAUAUAUUUAUAAAUUAUAUAAGUAUAUGAAAAUGUUAAGUAUUAGCAUUUUUAUGAAAAAAAAAAAUAGCCUGUUUGAACUGUAUAUGUAAUUUUAUUAUCAUCGGACGUAGUAUCAUUAUCAUCGCUCGAAGGAAAAAAAAAGAGGCAUAUUUUAUGAUCUAAAAGGAAAAAAAAAUUUAACAAUGGCCAAAGAGAUAUUUAGUUGUGGCCUUUUUCGAAAGUCUUAUUUAGUCAGAAACUGAAAACCACUGCCUUAUUAAAAACGUUUCUAAUUGUUAUUAAUAUUAUUAUUAUUAUUAACAUUAUUAUUAUUUCUCUUUAUUCAAUUACUUUUUCCUCUAUUCUGCAUUUGUACUUUUAUAAUUCUCCAUUAAUAGAUUUUUUAAUAUUUUUCUAUGAGUAAAAAAAUUUUAAUUAUCGUAAAUUUAAAAAUAAUUAUCAUAAAACAAAAAUUUUUGCUAGUUUAAUAAUUUUUUUUUAGAAUAGCAAACAGUUUUUAGUUUCUGACAGAAAAAAAACAGUGCGCAAUUAAUUAUUUAAAAAAAAAAAAUUUGUCGCACUUAAAAAAAAAUAUAUAUAUAUAUAUAUAUAUGUUAAGUAGACAAGAAAAAAAGCAGCAUAUAUAGACUAAUUUCAAAUUUUCAAAACGGAAAUGGAAAUAUUUUUUUAAAGAAACGGGACUUCAACAAUUUUUGCACAUGAUCCAUUCGAAUAAGGGGAAGAAACUAAAUUUUUCCGUUCAAUUAAAAAAAAAAAGAAAAAAAAAAAUGAAAAAAAAAAAUAAAAAACGUAAACAAUAGAAAAUUUUCGAAAAUUUUACUGUUUACGAAUUUUUACUCUAUUUCUAGAAUAUUUAUAAACAAAAAAUUAUUUAUAUUAAGCGCAUUUCAUAUAUUAUCUAAUAUAAUUAAAACAUACCAAAUAAUUUUCUAGUCAAUUUUUUCUUUUUUUUCAUUAUGGCAAUUCAAAUUUAAAGCUUAUGUACUACUUUUUUGUUUUCUUUUUUCUUCGUAAAACCGCUUUGAUAUUAAUAAAAGAAAAAAAAAUGGACAAAAUGUAAAUAAAUAAAAGUGUAAUUCAUACGAGAGAGAGAAAGAGAGACGCUCUUUAUAUGAAUAAAAAUGAAAAUCUGACUAAAAAUUUUAAAUAAUGGGGUUGUUAAAAUGUUUAAAUUAUAUUGUAUAUUUAUAUAUAAUAAUUGGAAAUGUUUUUUAAAUUGGAGAUUAUAAUUAUAGUGUUAUGAAAAUGAAUAGUGAGAAUUUCUUUUUUUGGGAGAAAAAAAAUUAUUCCGUCUGUUUUUUCUUUUUACAAAAUCUAAUUAACAAUUUUUGACAUACAUAUAAUAUAUUUAUAUAGGAAAAUUUUUGUAUUUUCCAUCGUCCUUUUAAUGUAAACAAUCCCAUGAUAAUUAUUUUCAGUCAGAAGAACCCGCUAUUAUACAUAUUUCCGGCAUGACUAAAUGUAUAACGACACAACAAUAAUUAUGUAUAUUAAUGUGUAUUUGUUAAGACGCAUUCCUUGUAAUAAAAAGUAUGUCACAAAUAA